ACAUUUCUUCCACCCGACUUUUCAUUUCCGCUCGAGUUCCAUAUCCACUCAUUCCAUCUGGCAGCUCUCGUUCCCAUCGUCCAAUUCCAGUUCGGGAAUACAUCAACAUCUGUCAAACAACUUGGACGGUCCAUUGAACUGUAACCCAGACUGUCAAGAAGUCGUCGAUUGGAUGCAGAUUUUUUUAUACUUCUCAAAACUCCAAGUCGUAGUCGAUUGCUUUCGUUUUUGAUGUUGUUUUCAUUGAAAAUUUCGUGUUUGAUUUGUUUUUGAGUGCACGCAGAGAUUAACGGAAGCUGAGGAAACAUCGGACACGCGAUGGCCGAGAACAGAGACGAGAUUUUGGCUAAUUUUCAGAGUAUCACGGGCAUAGAUGACGUCGCCGAGGCUUUUAACCAUCUGGAGGAGAACGACUGGGACCUGAUGGCAACGAUUGCACAGGUCAUGCCGCAGGAUGUGCCAUCGCUGAGGCCGUCGACAUCACUCAACUUCAGGACGCCGGAGUUCCCCAGGUGGUGGUCCGCUGGCACGGAGGACAAUGCAUUCCGUUCAGGACCCUCGAGCCUGUCGAGCGCGGACAACGUGGUGGAUCUGACCGCGGAAAACGACUCGGAUUCACGGCGAAGCGCCUCAAAUGUCCUCACCUUCAACAUUCACUUCAACCAAAAUAUUUAUACAAUUCGCAUUCCCUCGCAUUCUACAGUUGGUGAUCUGAAGCACAGGAUCAACGACAAGACUAAUGUCCCGUUUUGUCGGCAAGCGCUGCGAGGCUGGCCACCGGAAAAGCUGAAUGAGGCACAGAAUUCUUCGUCUGUUCUGGCGAACCUCGGUCUGUCCAGCGAGAACGAAUUGGUUCUGAUUGAUCUCACCGAGGAAGGUUUCAUGGAUGACGAAAGCAAUAGUGAAAUCGAACGACGAAAUAAUGAAACAUUCACCCUGAAUAUUGUACAACAACCAGAAGGCAAAACACUUCAGUUGAUGUUUCCUGGCCGACAAACAGUACUGGAUGUGAAAACAGGCGUACACAAUAUCACAAAUAUUCCGGUUAGAUAUCAAGAUUGGACUGGCUGGCCGCCAGGAGUGAUACAUUCAACCACCCUCGCUCAAUCAGGAAUUGAGGUCUCGCAUAAUUUUAUUCUACGAUCCACUGCUCCAACAGACCGGCCAACAAACUCCAGAGCCCUCAGGGCUAACAAUAUCGUUGUGGACUCGGACAGUUCAGCCGAAGAAUUUGAAGAUGCAUCCGAUUUUAAUGCAGACGAUGACAUGUUUACGGAAACUUCAGUGACAUCGAGGCCAAAACAUUUGAUUCCGGACCAGACGGACAACGAGCACUUAGGUUCGGAAUUGUUUGUUAAAAACUACAUACAACGUUACGGCACACCUCACCCGAUAUUCUUCGAAGGCACAUUACAAGAAGCAAUAAAUGAGGCAUGUCACAAGCCGGCAAAAGACAGAAGACUGUUAGCAAUAUACCUCCAUCAUGACGAUAGUGUUCUUACUAAUGUAUUCUGUGACCAGUUGCUUCGUUGUGAGAAUGUCAUGCAUACGUUACUUCUUGACUUUUUACUGUAUGGAUGGGACUUAACGUUUGAAAGCAACAAAAACCUAUUUCUAUCAUCCUUAAACGCAUUUGUCGGUCCUAGUGCAUCAAUAAGUGUUAGAAAUAUUCCCGUUGAUAAAUUGCCAGCGAUCAUGAUCAUCGGCAAAUAUCGUAGUUCGAUGGACGUUAUAUCUGUGAUUAACGGAAAUAUUGGCGUUGAUGACCUCCUGUCUCGGCUGAUGGAAGCUGCAGAGAAUAAUAAGGAGCAACUGCUCGUCGAAGUCAAAGAGGAAAAUGACAGAGCCGAGCGUGAACAAGUAAAGUACGAACAGGACAUGGCCUAUCAGUUAGCAUUAGAAGCAGAUCAAGCCAAAGAAGCCGCUAAAUUACAAAAGGAAAUGUCCUUGGCUGCAGAACGAAAACGAUUGGAAUCCGAAAAGGCCGAACAAGAUGCUGCCCGAGAGGCUAAUCGGUUACAGGCCGAACAAGCUCUUCCACCAGAACCAGCCGAUGGUGAUGGCGUAACGAAAAUUCGAGUUCGAAGACCCACUGGGGACUUUAUCGAGAGAAACUUUACUAUCAAAUCAACACUUAGGGAUCUCCUCAAUUUUGUUGCUUCCAAAGGCUUUCCAAUCAGCGAGUACAAAGCGAUUUCAAGUUGGCCCCGGCGUGAUUUAACCACUCUGAAUCCCGACGAAACCCUCGAGACGUUGAAACUAUACCCGCGGGAAACAGUCAUUGUGGAGGAACGAUGAUUGUAUUCGAACCAAUUCUCCUUAUUCUUUCAUGUGGAACGUUCUCGGCUAUUAUUUCUUCCUAUUUCGUCGCCGUUUUGUCGAUUCAACGUCAUAUGCCUAAAUGCUAUGCAGAGUGAAAGAGAAAGAAGGAAAAAAAACACGUCGGUAGAUUUAUAAUGAAUGUAUAACUUAAAAAUAUAAUAUUUGGAAUACAACAUGAAAGAGACCGUAAAAUAUUUGGUUAAUUAAUUUAAAUUAUAUUUAAAACAAACAAAAAAAAAAUAUUGUAUUAAUUUGCUUCAAUACGAAUUUCGAUAUAUGAAAAAUAAGAUGAAAAAAAAAAUCAUUUUUAAAAGCCUA